UGGUAGUGUCCGUUGAAUCAAAAGGAAAUAAGGGGCGAUGUAGGAAGCCUGAUAGAAGUAUGUCAAGACGAGGUGUUGAAUGAAGCUUUCCGUUUCUUCUCUUAACAGGAAGGUUGAGCGGGAGGCAGUCAGCCAAGAUGUUAGGAGGUGGAGGCGUCGUCCCGAGAAAGGCCCUGACGCUCAACGAUCUUGUCGAGGCCCUGGACAAGCGUGAGAGGGCGCCGAGCAAUGUUCCGAAAGUUGACGCGUUCUAUUUCAAAGGGGAAUGGGUCUCCGAUUGGCUGGAUCUGGUUGAGCAGGCGCUGGUGGGGCUGUCAGAUGAAGUGAAAUUCCAGCGGAUCAUGAGAUAUGUCCUUCACGGCCACCAUCAGGAAGUAAGCAAGGUUGUGGAUGCCGCCAAUGGUAGUUGGGGGAGAUUCAGGGAGGGAAUGUUAAGGAAGUACAGGCUGGGGGAUGGCCUGCUGACUAUGGCUGAUUUGGAAGCCAUGAAUAAAAAUGAUUUUACCACGAUCGGGGCGUUCGUGUAUGAGUUUAAGAAGAAGGCAAGAAAGGUGCACAGGAUUUCUGAAGAGGCACAAUGUGCCAUCUUCUUGGGGUUGCUCACUGGCACGGAAGCUUCGGAAUUGACAAGUCACGGAGGAGGAAGUGAGAAGCUCACCUGGGCCACCAUUGAUAAAGGAGUGGAGGAGGGGAGUUUGGACCAGGCACCUCCUCGAAAGGAGCCUGAGCCCGGGCAUAGGAAGGAGGUGGUGGAGGUCCCAGAAGAAGGGGAAGAGGAUGAUGACGAGGAGGAUGAGAGGCUCCGGCAAGAGGAGGACCGGCCGGCGGAGCUAAGGGCCAAGAAAAGAAGGGCCCAAGAGGAAGCCGAGCCAAGCCUGCCUGACAGCGUACCCAAGAAGAAAAAGUAUGCAGUUCGGUUGGAAGAAGGCUUCGAUGUGGAGCGAAUGGUUGACAGGCUUCUGAAAGGUCAUAAUGACCUGAUGAAGUUAAAGGAUAUUUUAGCCUCAGCGCCAAGGCUCCGUGACGGAUUGAAGGGGCGGCUCUCGCGAAGCUUGGCGAAGGAAGUGAGAACGAUAGAGGAAGGCCCAACUMAGGUAGAGGAGCAURAGCAGCUGAUGGGAGGAAUGUACCUACUCACUAACACGCUUCUGCAAGGARACUUUGAUCGAAAGAACUCAUUUAGUCCUAURGAAAGUGAGGACUUCAUUCCUGAAAGUCGAGAURAUGAGUUCAAGGAAGGAGAGAUCAAGGAAGYCUUUCRGGCAGAAGAGUACGAUGGAAUCUACCUGGRGYUGGGGCUACUCUUGUCUUGUGAGAUGAGGGAUAGAGACGCGAGUGCCAAGGCGCARAAGAUAAGGCACCUCUAUGUGAGGCUGAGGGCUUCGCCGCUGGGACGGGAUGGUUUGCCUAUUCGACUGGAGGAAGGCAAUGAGGAGGAGUUCAUCCCGGCCUACGAGCAGUAUAUGCGCGAUCAGGGGACUGGGCAAGAGGAGUGGAUGCAGACGUUGCCCCUCUGGACGCGAAGGGCGGAGAGGCCAUUGGCGAGGCAGAUUCUGGAUAGAGCGUGGGAUUGGAAGGACUGUCAGGCUCAGCUGAGGCAGGCAUUCCGACAGCCAGAACCAGAGAGGCCCGAGCCCAGGGUUGAGAGGAGGCAGAAAAGCAAGAGGCCACGGGACCCGGAGGUGAGAGGGGCCGCUGCGGCUAGGGGAGGCCGAAAGGCUUUGGCACGGCGAGAGGAGGAGCCGGCGGAGCCACUCCAGGCAGCGGGGCCACCACCUACUCAUGGGCUUGAGCAGGUGGAGUUUCGCCAGAUCAAGGGCAGUGACUUACGGGGCCCGUCGCCAAAAUUGCCAGAAGAGAGAGAGGUUGUACCAUUGGGAGCACCGCUGGAGAGUUUGGAGGUUCACCUCGAUGCGUCUCAAUGGGGAGCUUCGCAGUUGGGAGCGGAUCCGAAUGGACCAGCACGGUACGAGCCAGCGGAAGAGCUACAAGAACCCGGGCGAGAGACUGAGCCGCGCGAGCCAGGGGAGUUACGGACAGAGGAGGUUAUCACCGUUGGGCACGAUACCCCACCUCAUAUCUCAAUCCCGGAGCAGGUACGACAGCACUGGCCAGAGGGCAUUCCUGAGCCAGAUAGUGAGGAGAUUUCAGCACCCCCUCUAGAGGCUAUCACUCCACCCACAGAGAGGGCGGAGCUAGAGGAACUCGAGGAGGGUGAGAGGGCAGGGGCGCGUACGACUGUCGCCUCGCAGCCAGCCGAGCGUACGAGUGAGCACUUGGAUACUGAGAUGCCGGCAUCCGAGGAGCCACCGCCAGAGUUGCCGCCUGCAGAGGAGGGAGUGAGUGUGGGAGUCCCGCUGCGAGAGGUCCACGAGGCGCGAGUAGGGAGGCCAUCAGGGGAGACAGCUGAGGAAAAGUCCGUGAGGGUGCAGGCGUGCAUCGCUGAGAUAUAUGAGAAAAACGUUAGGAUGGAGGCUGCGGGAGAGGUAUCGACACCGCCGGUCGAUCCCGGGACCAGUGAGCAGAGGAUUGGCGAGGCAUGGACCAGAUACGGGGAUAAGAGGGAUGUCGUCCGUUUGAGGUCACAAGAGGCAGGACAGGAGGACAAGAGGGCGGACGAGGCACGAGAGACUAGAGAUUUUGGAUUUUUAGCCGCCAGGAUGGCGAUUGAGUGUACGGACACAAGGAUACGCCAGGCGGCGACCACGUCUUUCCAGCGAUACACCAUGCUUAGCGAUGAGCUGGCGGCCUCAAGGUUGGAGGUGGAGCACCUGUCUACCCAGCUAGCAGAAGAGAAGGCGAAAAACCAAGCYUGRAAGUCUCAUAUGGAAGCCAAGRAAGYUGAAUGGGAGGAAAGGCUCCAAGAUAUGGCUGCAGCAGUGGAGAGACUUUCGGCCACCRAGGUGGUAUUCCUGGAUCUAGCGGAAGCGGAAGCGAGGCGGAAGGUCGGAGAGAAGAAUUUCAGCUUCAAGGAUCCCACAGAGUUAGCCUCGCAACAGGCGACCCCUAUGAUGAUUGAGACCCCUGCGGAGGAGUCAGCACAGAGGCCCCAAUCUCCACUAGCGGAAGGGGGUCCCGCAGAGAAGUCCCCUACGAUUCUUUUGGAGGUGCGGGGAGAUACCCUUACGGGGGCAGUGGCGUCCGUUGAGCUGGAGGCAAUGGAGGAGGAGGCAUCGCGCUUGGAUGAGCUAGUGGCAGCCAUGGAACUAGAUGUGCCAUCAGGGGGGCCUAAGAGACGAGAAACCUCAGAGCAUGUACCGGAAGUGGGGGAGUUGAGGACACAAUUGGGCUCCUGGGCCAAAGAGGCUAGCUCCCAAGGAUGUGUUUCAGAGCAGCAGGAGGAGGUUAUGAGUGAACCAGCGGCAACCGUGACUCCUCAGCCUUCAUGACCUCAGAGGGACGAGAGGGUGACUGUGAUGGAGGGGGCCCACGAGUGUAGGCCACAAAGAUUGGAUACUCCUGAGUACGGGCUUGAGGGAGAUGAAAUGUGAGUAGGGCCGAGUACCCAGGCAGUGGGGGUGAGGCCAGAGGAGUCGUGGAGCAUGCCCCACAGUCAUGAGGUGAGCAGGGAGGACAGUGAGGUACCAUCGUCGCCAGGAUCCCGGAAGAAGAAGAGGAGGUACCAAAGGAGGUCAGAUGAUCAGUGCUUCUUCUGCAAGCAUGACAUACACCGAGCCCUUGAGUGU